AUGGAGCUGGUGGCUAGCGGUCUGUGGGAGUACUGGCUCUUCCUCUUCCUCUCCGGGCCCCUGCUUGCUUUUGGUUUCUACUGCGCCUACGUGCACUACGUCCAUCUGCGCUAUGACCACAUUCCUGGGCCGCCCAGGACCAGUUUCUUAUUUGGACACCUAUCUUACCUCAAGAGACAGACAAAGGACAGUGGUAAAAUUAGACAGGAUGUAUUUUUGGAAUGGGCCAAAGAAUAUGGACCAUUUGUACGUAUAAAUGUCCUUCACCGAGCUUCAGUGCUUAUUACAAAUCCUCAGUUAGUCAAGGUAUUCCUGAUGUCCUCCCAAUACAAAAAGGAUCCCUUUAUAUACUCAAAGUUACAGAAUUUUUUUGGCAAAAGAUUUUUAGGGAGAGGUUUGGUGUCAGAAUUGGAUCAUGAACUUUGGCAGAGGCAGCGGAGAAUUUUGGAUCCAGCUUUUCAUCGAAGUUACUUGAUGAGCUCGAUGGGAGCAAUCAAUGAAAAAGUGGAGCAAAUGAUGGAAAUACUGGAAGCCAAGGCUGAUGGGAAGACUGAAGUAUGCAUGGAAGAUAUGAUAAGCUCGACCAUUUAUGCCAUAUCUGUUAAGGUGCUUUUUGGAAUGGAGUUAAAGGCUUUGGCUGAUGAACAGAAGUCAUUUCUUCUUGCAGUACGAAACAUUGUAGAGGGUUUCACUAUGGCUGAAAACCCCUUUUCAAAGUUUUCACUAGGGAAACGGAAGUUGAUAAAUAAGGCCCAAGAAAGCAUAAGGCUUUUGCGUCAGAUGGGAAAAGAGUGGAUCAAGUACAGGCGUGAAGCCAUCCAGAAUAAUCAAGAGUUCCCACCAGAUGUCAUCAUGCAGAUGCUUAAAAGAGAAGCUGAAGAAGGGAUAAAUGAUGAGUUUCUGGUGGAUAAUUUUGUCACUUUUCUCAUUGCUGGAUUUGACACUACUUCUAGUCAGGUAUUACUUGCAUUAAUGGAACUGCAACGAUAUCCAAAAAUAAUAGAACGGCUUCGUGCUGAGGUGAAUGAAGUUAUUGGUUCCAAAAAAAUCAUUGAAUAUCAAGACCUUGGAAGGUUGCAGUACCUCUCACAGGUUCUCAAAGAAAUUCUCAGGUUAUAUCCUCCUGCCUUUGGAACCACACGGUGGCUGGAGAAGGACACUGUGGUUGAUGGCAUUCUCAUUCCAGGUUGCACCUCGUUACUUUUCAGUACCUAUGUAAUGGGCAGGAUGGAGAAAUACUUUGAAGAUCCCUUGACUUUCAAUCCAGACCGGUUCAGUCCCGAAGCUUUCCAGCCUAAUUUUACCUACUUUCCAUUUUCUUUGGGGCCAAGAUCCUGCAUUGGACAAUACUUUUCACAGAUGAACGCAAAAGUGAUGAUGGCCAAACUGUUUCAGAGGCUGGAGAUUCAGAUGGUCCCAGGACAUAGCUUUGGAAUAGUGGAUUCUGUAACACUGAAGCCCAAGAAUGGCCUGGUUUGCACCAUCAAGCCCUGGAAAAGUUAGGAAAACUUGCACUGGUCAUGAAAGAUGUCUCUGGUUCAGCCUCUAAAUGUUGGAUUCUUUAGACAUCAUGGACCCUUCAGAGAAUGGAAUUUAGAAUUAGGGGCCUUCCAAUUCAGAAAGCUGCUGGAAUACAGAUGGCUAAAAUAUCAGAUCUUCAAGGCUCAGCUUGCAAUAGGCUCUCUGCCAUCUAAAGCUGAGAAUAUUUAUUCUCACUCCUAAUGGAUAGAGGCAGUAUGAUGUAGUGGAUGGUGUUGGAGUUGGAGCCAGGAAAACGUGGGUCCAAUCCUGCUGUGUAAUGCUGGCCAAAUCUCUGCACUCAUCUCAGUCCAUUUCUUUGUAUGUAAAAUGAAAAUAAUAAUAGCAUUUAUUUUACAGGCUUAUUGUGAAAAUCUAAUGAAGUUAGGUAUGUGAAGCACUUUGCAGAUCUUGAAGUGCUUUUAAAUGCCAUCUAUGCCAGAGAAUUAGGAAUGCUAGAGAAUUAGGUCUUGGGAUUUACAAGAAAAUAAUCAUCUUUACCUACAUUAUGAUUGAGAAGAAUCAUGGUGGAAGACAAAGAAUUGAUCAAAGGUGAACUCAAAAGAUGAAGUAAUCAGAACCUGAAAGAAUCAGAGAGAUUUCUUCCUUCUUUUAGUCUGAUGAUUAUUUAGACUAAUUCUGAAUCUGUUAAUCUGGUCAAAGUAAUCUAGUCAAAGGAGAUCAGUUAAGGGCUUCCUACACUUGUCCAAUCACCACACUUAUUAGUUAAGGGAAGACUGUUCCUGGGUUGGACUAGAGAGAGGGGAAUGGGACAUGGUUUAGGAAUCUAUAGUAAAGAAAGAU